UUCCAGCUAGUGUUGUAAAACACUUGAACCGGCCAGUCGGAUUGUUUACAUUUUUGUACCCGCUGGAUUGGAUUCCCAAAUGUAAACAAAAUCGGUCCAUGUUUGGCCCACAAUGGAGUUGAAUAUAUUCGAAGACUGCUGGGAGUUGGUGCAGCGAUUCCAGAGACUGGUCAAUGAUGGCGAAAACUUUGAGUUCGAGACGUUCUGCCGUUGUUGGCGCGACAUGCAGCUGCAGCACCUCUUCACCGGUCAGUCGAGCCACACCGAGGUGAUAGCCACCACCCUGGCGGCCCUGCACGUGGCCAAGAGGCUGUCCUGCUCCCGCCGCACCACUGGCGACGUAUUCGCAGCAACACGCGCCCAGAGGAUAGGCGGAUUGUUUCUGCUCUACGUGAUCUACUACAAGCAGCCCACCCACAACUUUGUCAAGAUCGAGGUAUCCCCGCGCACCUGGCAGGAGCUCACCGACUACGUCCUGCAGCUACGCAAAGAGAGUUCGGAGCGGAAGGACACACAGCAAGUGGCCUACAUGCUGUGGCGCCUCGUCCAGGAGCAGGCCUUCCGCUUUACAGCGCUAGACUACUGCCAGGGAUUGGACAACCUGGUGGACUACGACCGACUAGAGAUUACGGCGGGCGCCAAGAGGCAAAAGCAAAGUGCCCUGAUGCAGAAGCAACAGCGUACCAAUAAUGUCAGUCUCACCUACGAGCUGGAGGGUCUGCGAACCCUGGACCUCGCCAGUCAGCCGUUGUGUGACCUGGAGUCGGCGUACAACGCCCAAAAGGCGCAGCUGGCUGGUCAGGAACAGGCUCUGCCGCCCACUCAAAUAUUUAGCCAGCUGCGUGAUGUCUUUGCCGAAAUACAAAGUAUACUGGGAGAGAAAAAGAGCGCUGCAGAAGAGGAUCAACCCACCACAUCUGCAAGCAACCAGUUGGAGGUGCGCCAAAGGGUGCGAAACAAGGCCAUGUAUGGCGUUGAAAAAAGGGAGCCCCAAGAGCAGGCGGAGGAGCUGGAAGUGGAACUGGAGGUGAACGAGGCGUACCAGCGGAGGAUGUCAUCAGCCACCGUGUUCCAGCAGCAACUGCCGGAGGAUGUACAAAGAGAGUAUGAUAAUAACUAUGACUAUAGUGACGACGAGGAAGAAGAGGCCGGGGAUAGCGAGCUAACAGAGGAAGAAGUUCAAGAACUACUGGGCUGCUAAUAUAGAUUAUGAAAUUAUUACAAUAACAAAAGAAUGUUGUUUAGUGCAGAAUAUUUAAGUUUGAAUAAAAUUAAUAAGAUUUACCAUUGAAAAA